AUGGACUUUAAUCUUGCGCUUCUUAAUAAAUGGAGAUGGAGAAUUCUUAAAGGUGAUAAUAAUGUGUGGUACGACGUGCUAAGAGCCCGUUAUGGAGACAUUUCGACGACGGUAUUUUGUGGGGAUUCUAAGGCGCAUUCAUCUUUAUCCAAAUCUUUGUGGUGGAAGGACUUAAUCAACAUUGGCAUGGCGACUAAUAGAGAUCCAAUGGCGAAUCAUUGCAAAUUCGAGAUUGGCAACGGUUUUUCUAUUCCUUUUUGGGAAGGUAGAUGGACGGAAGGCAAUAUUCUAAGUCAUGAGUAUCCGGACCUUUAUUUAUUGUCUUGUUUCAAGAAGGUUUCGGUGGGAGCGAUGGGAGGGUGGCACAAUGGAGUAUGGGGUUGGGGUGAUUUUGGUAUUAAAUCUAGCUUUUUGACUACCGACAUUCGUCUUUCUUUGAACUCCCUUCGUUCCUCUCUUCCGUUGAUGGCUUUUGAUUCGGAUAAGGGAGACAAAGUUGGUUGGUUAGGGACUAAAGGAGGUGAGUUUUCGGUAGCUUCUUGUUACAUUUUUUAUGCUUCUUUUCGUACUCCGUUUGGUCCGUGUAAUAAAACUGAAGAGUUGGUGGCCAAAAUUUGGAAGUUGGCGGUUCCUUUUAAAAUAAGGAUUUUUGGGUGGAGACUUUUUGUUAAUCGAUUGCCGACUAAAGAUCUUUUGAAGAUUAGAGGUAUUCCUAUUCCUUUAAACUCUUUAUGUUGCUCUUUUUGUGAGGCGGAAUUAGAAAGUAGAAAUCACUCCUUCUUUAAUUGUAAAGUGGUGGAUUUAAUUUGGAACGAUAUUGCAAUUUGGGUCGGUAAACCGGUUGGUAAGGAGGAGGAUUGUUUAGCUAAUUUUUUGGAUUGGUAUAGUUUUUGUAAAGUUAACAAAGUUAGGGAAAGCAAGUGGGGCCUUAUUUGGAUGGCAACCACGUGGUCGAUUUGGUUAACUCGGAAUGAUAUGUGUUUCCGGAAUGACGGUUGGAAUGUUGAUAAUACGGUGUGGAAUGUAAAGUUGCUCGCUUGGAAGUGGUCCUUUUUGGGAGAAAAUUCUAAUUCCAAUUAUAGUUUUUACGAAUUUGUAAAGGAUCCUCUUUUGUUCCUAUCGUAG